UCAUUGAAGAUAAACGCACAAAUAAUGGCGCCUGUUUUCGGCUACUGGGACGUGCGAGGCUUGGGUCAACCUAUCCGAAACCUGCUCGUCUACAAGGGCGUCCAGUUUGAAGACAAGCGGUACAAGUUCGGACCAGCGCCCGACUACGACCGCGGCGAAUGGCUGAGGGAGAAGUACACUCUGGGACUGCGGUUUCCCAACCUGCCCUACUACAUCGACGAAGACGUCAGACUGACCCAGAGUUUGGCCAUACUGCGUUACCUUGGCCGAAAGCAUGGACUGGCCGCAAACAACGACAAAGAGAUGGUUGAGCUGGACGUUCUGGAGCAGCAGGCCAGAGACCUGGUUCUCAUCCUGAGCUACGCGGCGAGACCCCAGCCUCGCUACCGGGAGGGCCUCAGUUCUUACGCCGAAAAUAUCAAGGACAUGCUAGACCCGUGGUCCAGGCAUCUGGCCUCCCGUGAAUGGGCCUUGGGAGACAGGCUGACGUACGUCGACUUCGUGCUCUACGAAGGGCUCGACUGGCAUGGCGAGUUCAAGCCGGAAGCUCUGGCUAAGUACCCGCCGCUCGUCCACUACCUGAGGAGAUUCGAAAAGCUACCAAAUGUGAAGGAGUACUUCGCGUCGGACAAGUACAAGAAGUGGCCAAUUACCGGUCCGUUGAGGCCCUGGGGACACAUAAAAUGAAGCGGUGUAGCUGCUUAGUUCAGUUCGUUGGGUCUUCUAUAGUCCUGGAAUACACUGUACGUGAUUUAUAUUUGUCUAUUCUCUUCAAUUGCACUUCUGCGUGAACUGAAAUUGGACAUGUUUAACUGCACUCCACUGAGUUGAUCACUACGCACAACGACUCUGUUGAAGACGCUCUUACGUACAUUACACGAGAUGUUGUUCAGUGUGCAAGCUUCCGUUGGAAAUCGCAGAAUAAUGGAUUUGUUUUCUCGUGCCUCUGCAGCGAAUAAUAAACUUGUACAUGUGCUUUCAGCCAGUCA